CGGGAUUGAGGGAGUUUUACAGCUCUAAUGGGCCACUGGGACCACCGUUCCGUGCGGAAGAGGAGUUUUUGCUUCAAAACAAUUAGCUGUUUGUUAGCCAUCUCCAGUGUUUUAUCACCAACAGGCUUUUUAUAAAAGAGGGUUUAAAGUUAAAAUGUGUAACGGCUGUGUGCAUAAAGAAUACCCGGACCGCGGGAACACUUGUCUGGAGAAUGGCUCUUACCUGAUGAACUACCUGGCCUGUGCCAACUGCCAUCAGAGGGACUUUGUGCUGAUCAGCAAUAAAGCCACAGAAGAUGAUGAUGAAGAGGAGAUAGUCACAUAUGACCAUGUCUGCAAAAACUGUGACCACGUCAUCGCCAGGCACGAAUACACAUUCUCUGUUGUUGAUGAGUAUCAGGAGUACACUAUGCUCUGCAUGCUGUGUGGAAAAGCAGAGGACUCCAUCAGUGUGUUGCCAGAUGACCCCAGACAGUCUGCGCCUCUCUUCUAGACCUUGAACCGGCACGUCACGAUUCCCUUUUUAAAUUGAGUGUCACCACCACAGACAUGCUGCAGACUGCUGGCUUCAGGGUUACAAAUGUUUUUUAUCAUGCAUUUAAAAUCUUCAAUUAUGUACACCAUAUUUUAAGGUCUUGGCUAUUAAUGAACUACUGUAUGCUGAGUUGAGUAAGACAUUUAACUGUAUAUUACCCUCCAUGACAACAACAAUUAUUAUAUGUAUGGUAUGGCGAUUGACAAUGUACUAUAAAUAAAUGUUUUUCUACUAAGAA